AUGCGGCGGCGCCUGCGGCUGUUGACGGCGGCGCUGGGAGGCUGCGGGCUGCUGCUGCUGGGCUCGGCGCUGGCGGCGGGCGACGAGCGGCUCUACGCCGCGGCGGUGAUGCCCGCGCUCCGUGCCGUCCCCCCGGAGGCCGCCCACGGCUUGGCCCUGCGCGCCGCCGCUCUCGGGCUUCUGCCGCCCGCCCGUCCCGACAGCCCCACGCUGGAGGUGCGCGUCCUCGGGCUCCGGUUCCGCAACCCGCUGGGACUGGCGGCUGGCUUUGACAAACACGGCGAGGCUGUGGACGGGCUGUACAGGAUGGGCUUCGGCUUUGUGGAGGUGGGAACGGUCACGCCCGAGCCUCAGGAGGGCAACCCCAAGCCCAGAGUCUUUCGGCUGGUGGAAGAUGAGGCAGUCAUUAACAGAUAUGGAUUCAACAGCCAUGGCCAUGCUGUGGUGGAGCGCAGGCUGCGGGCCCGCCAGGAGGCACAGCUCAAGCUCACAACUGUGGGAAUGCCUCUUGGAGUCAACCUGGGCAAGAACAAGAGCUCUACAGAUGCUGCAGCUGACUACGUGGCUGGAGUCCAGAAGCUGGGCCCCUUGGCAGACUACUUGGUUGUGAACGUGUCAAGCCCAAAUACUCCGGGGCUGCGGGACCUUCAGGGCAAGGCUGAGCUGCGGGACCUGCUGACCAAGGUGCUGGCAGAGAGGGACAUGCUGUCAUGUGAGCGUAAGCCAGCCGUGCUGGUGAAGAUUGCCCCGGAUCUCACAGAGCAGGACAAGCAAGACAUAGCUGGUGUUGUGUGUGAGGUUGGUGUGGAUGGACUGAUUGUCAGCAACACCACCAUCAGUCGCCCCAGUGGCCUCCAGAGCACACAGCACCUGGAGUCUGGGGGUCUCAGUGGGAAGCCCCUGCGGGAGCUCUCCACACAGACAGUGCGGGAGAUGUAUGCCCUCACCCACGGCCGGGUGCCCAUCAUUGGGGUGGGUGGGGUGAGCAGUGGCCGUGAUGCUUUGGAGAAGAUCCGUGCUGGAGCUUCGCUUGUACAGAUGUACACAGCAUUAGUGUACCUUGGGCCCCCAGUGGUGGGGGCCGUGAAACGGGAGCUGGAGGAGCUGCUGAGGGAACAGGGGUUCAAGAGCGUCAUGGAAGCAGUUGGAGCAGAUCACCGGCGCUGACAGAUUGCAGGAUCAAGGUCUAGCUAAGAGGAGCCAUGGCAAACCAGGAAUGGCUGUGAUGUUUCCAGAGUAGUUAGGUUGGGACCGAGCCAAUG